CUCAAUCUCUCUAGGUGCAUACUCCAAGCUGUCACUUUGACUUGCAAGAACGACAGCGUGGACAUCUGUGCUUCAGCAGGAUCGUCAUGAGACUGGUACUUCCCAACCCAGGGCUGGAUCGCCGGAUCCUCAACCAUAAGGAUCUGGAGAGGCUGGAGGAACAGGGCGACAGUGACAGGCCCAAGUGGGACAACAAAGCCCAGUACAUCCUAACAUGUGUUGGAUUCUGCAUUGGGAUUGGCAACGUGUGGCGAUUUCCUUACUUGUGUCAAAGUCAUGGAGGAGGUGCCUUUUUGAUCCCCUACCUCAUCCUGCUGGUGCUGGAGGGAAUGCCGCUCCUGCUACUGGAGUUUGCCAUUGGCCAACGUCUGAGGAAAGGUAGCGUGGGAGUGUGGAGGUCCAUCAGCCCCUAUCUGACUGGUAUUGGUAUAGCCUCCAUGCUGGUGUCCUUUUUGGUUGGACUGUACUACAACACUUUAAUAGCCUGGAUCAUGUGGUAUCUCUUCAAUUCCUUUCAAAGCCCACUGCCUUGGACCCAGUGUCCUCUCAAUGACAAUGGGACAGGAUUUGUACCUGAGUGUCAACAGAGCUCCACUGUGGAUUAUUUCUUUUACCGAGUGACUCUGAACAGUUCAGCCUCUAUAGCGGACUCUGGAGGAAUCCACUGGCCCAUAGUGGUCUGCCUGUUGGCUGCCUGGACAUUCAUCUGUAUCUGUUACAUACGUGGGAUCGGCACUUCAGGCAAGGCAGUGUACGUCACUGCCAUCCUGCCGUACAUAGUGCUGGCCAUCUUCCUGAUCCGAGGACUGACUCUCAAAGGAGCCCUGAGUGGAAUAAAGUUCCUCUUCACACCAGACGUGAAUGAGUUGAUGAACCCCACAACAUGGCUGGAUGCAGGCGCCCAGGUCUUUUAUGCCUUCAGUAUAGCAUGGGGAGGCCUCAUCUCCUUCUCAAGCUACAAUCCCAUUCACAACAACUGCAUGCAAGACGCCGUGAUCCUCACCGCCGUAACCGGCUUCACCUCGGUCUAUGCCGCCAUGGUCACCUACACCAUAAUCGGCUUCAGGGCCACUGAGAAUUAUGACAAGUGUAUCAGUGAAAACAUCAUGACAUUAUUGAAUGCAUUCGAUCUUCCUGAAGACAACAUCACUACGAGCAACUAUGAGGCAGCAUUCAAUCACCUCAACAGCUCCCAUCCUGACAUUGUUCUUGGACUGGAUAUCAAGACGUGUGACAUGCAGAGGCUUCUCAGCGAGGGAGUGGAGGGAACAGGUCUGGCCUUUAUUGUGUUCACAGAGGCCAUCACCAAGAUGCCUGGUUCUCCAAUCUGGUCUGUCCUCUUUUUCCUCAUGCUACUCUGCUUGGGGCUCUCGACCCUGAUUGGCAACAUAGAAGGAGUGGUGGUCCCCUUGAGAGACCUGAAGAUGCUUCCUCAAAAUUGGCCCCAAGAAGCCCUAACUGGAACAACAUGUGUUGUCGCCUUCCUCAUCUCCCUCCUGUUUGCGCAGCAUUCAGGGUUUUAUUGGGUAACUCUCUUCGACAGCUUUGCUGGAUCGGUUCCACUUCUGACCAUUGGACUGUUUGAGUUGAUAGCGGUCGUUCACAUAUACGGCAUAGACAGGUUCAAUGAGGACUUGGAGUUCAUGAUCGGACAUAAGCCGUCGAUCUUCUGGCAGUUGUCAUGGCGGUUCGUCAGCCCUCUGAUCAUCCUGGUUAUUUUAGUUUUCUACCUGGUGAUCCAAGCUCAAGAGGAGCUCUCCUAUUUAGUCUGGGACCCCAACUCUGAGGAGUUUCCGGCUCUGGUAUCAGUACCAUAUCCUUCAUGGGUCAACGCAGCCAUAUUCCUUUUGGCAGGAGUCCCCAGUCUGAUAGUGCCUGUAUAUGCAUUAUGUCGGCUGGUCUUGGUUUGCUGUAGAAAAAUGACUACAUCCACAAAAUGAGCACAGUUUCCAACAGUGAUUAAAACAUCAUGACAUUUUAUAAUAUAACAAUAUGCAUCUUUAUUUAAUGUGUUGUGUUGCUUUGUAAACCAUGUAUGUGACUUACACCUGCAAACUUUGUGUGACAAACAUAUAUAUAUAUAUAUAUAUAUAUAUAUGUACACACACGUAUAUAACUGAUGUUUAACAUAUAAAUAGACAAGGAGCAGACUCAGUCACCUCAAGCAUCAUAUUUUUUUGUGAUGUAAAUAUUUUUGCUGUGACAUAUUUUUAAGAGAAAAUAAUUAUUGUGUAUUACUUUUGUAAAUGUUUGAGUUCCAAAAGUGAUUAAAACUAUUUAAACGA